AUGAUGCCCAACAACCAGUUUCUUGUCCCAAAAACGAUGAGCAUCCCCUACGACAUCAGCAGCACCAUCAUGACCGCUGUUAUAAACCCUAAAGAUAUGGGUACCAUUACCAGAGCCACCCACAAUACCUUGUAUGCGAUGCCAACCACCGCAAUCUCCGCAGUCUCUGCUGGUAGGUUUGCGACUCCAUCACUUCGCUCCAUUGUCCCACCGACGUUGCUCAAGAACGCGACUGCCGCCUACACUGCAGUACACAAAUCCAAUAUUGCCGUCGAUCUCUCCGCCAUUAACUGGGCCUUGGCUGAGCUUGCCGCGCUUCGACAAGUGCUUGAGACGGACGACAAGGACGAUGCUGAACUCGAGUUGAACCGUUUCCGUGACGAAAUCGCACAAACGAAAACAACAGCCUCCGUUGAUAAAGCCCAACUCAAGCAAGCUCGAUCGGAAGAGCCUUUUCCUUCUUCUCCUGCAGCUGAGUCGAGCCAGCCUACCGCGAAAUCCUCCAAAGCCGCAGCAAAGAUCGGCUUUCACAGUCACCCCGUCUCCACACCAACCCAACCCACACCAGCCAUCUACACUACAACGACUAAACCAACUCCUCUCUCGAACAAGGCGGAAGCGAAGAUUCCAGAAUGCACGAAGUCCAUUCACAGGAAACUUGGCGAAUUGAUGGAACGCUUGACCUCAAGUGCAAGCUCGAACGCAAGCUCCAAACGGCUCAGGGACAUUGAAGAUGUUGAAGCGACACCGAUCCAAUAUAAGAAGCCACGACUAGCUCGCCAGGGAAGCGUAUUUACCCCAGGUGGUAGGCCCUCCGUCAGGCUGGCGAUACCUGAACUGAGGCCAGCUGAAGCCGGAUUGAAGUGCGUACCAUCACAAGAUAGUACGAAAAUCUGCAGCAGCAAGGAAGAUAAGGUUAUUGAAUCUGUCAAGGUCAAGACGCCUGUUGUAGCUGCGAAAUCACUGUCCGAACACUCGGCGCUAGUCCCCGUGGAGCUACAGCAAGACCCUGUCGGCGAUGUUGUUAUGGGCGGUAGUGACGACGAGGCAGAGGUGCUUUCCUCCUUUGCUCUUGCUGGCGUAAAGUCUGAGGCCUCUUCCAGGAACAGCACCAGCGACAUCGACAUGGCGGAUAGCGUCCAAGACGUUUCCAUCCAGCCCAAUGUUGAGACUACCGUCGCUCCUACCCCAUCUGCACCCGGCACCCUUCGUCGACGGUCAAAACUCCCCGUCCCCACAAACUCACCUGUGCGUAAAAGUACUCGGCUCGCUGGUAUGACUCAGGACCUCAGCGAAAAGUCCCUUCGCGAACGCUCCACCUCUCCCCUGAAGACCGCUACUACUCUCAGCGGUAAAGCAGGCUCUCAACCCCCGCCAUCCUCCAAACCCGCUGGUGUCACCAAGACGUCUGCGCGACAGACACGCUUUGUAUCGCCCAAGAAAAUGGAUGCGGUCAAGUCCGCUGCUGCUUCUCCGAGGAAGCGCAAAUAG